AUGGAGUGGCACAGGUUAGAGGAGUGGUUCGGUACGCCCGAGAAGCUUCAUGCGUCCUUUGACACGAAAGCAGAGUUGACUCCACUUCUUGCAUCGUGUGAUCCCACACUUUUGGAGUCAAGUCGGGUUUUGAUUGCAGAUGCUUUGCUUGAAUGGCAGAAAGAGACAUUGAGCAUAGUCUUGAGCGGGCGUAGAGAAGCCCGGAGGCGUCUUACCGAAUCAUUGCCAGCAUCUGGAGUCGCUCAAUUAAACCUGCAGCAGCACUACAAUCAAAUCUCCUUGCAGAGCCCGUUGGCGCUGCUUCCGGCCCUCAGAAAGCGCAAGCUAGCAGUGGAUCGAGCAGUCGACAGGGGGGCCAGGGCCACCGAGGAGGCACGGCUCAAGAAGGAGUAUGCACUCCGCCUUGCCUCGAUCAUCCAAGAGGCCAAGCUUCCAGUGUGCAAGGUCCUUGCGGGGGUUAGUGAUGCAGAGGAGGCUUGGCCUCGCUUGUUUGGGACCCGACGUUCCAAGACACUUCGCAAUCGCUUCCGCUCUUGGGAGAAAUUCCGGGAGUGGCUCAUCUUCAGCAGGGGAAGGGCCUACCUCGAGGGGGUUGCUGAUGUGCUUGAUUUUGCAGCUGAAAGGAUCCGACAUGGCAGGCUCAGCUCAAGAGCUACACAGCAGAUCUCACAUCGGCAGCACCCCCGCGAGCAGCCGGCGAGCAUGUUCACCACAGCCAUUCUUGUUGCUCUUGAGAUCUUCGUGUGCAUAGUGGAGCUGCCUGCAUAUCUUAACGCCUUGGGGUUUGUAGGCCUGCUCAUGGUGUGGGGUUCUCUCCGCGCCGAUGAUGUGCAGGGCUUGUUGCCUCAGACUAUGGAGCUAGACGAGCGCGGUUUCUCCAUUGAUCUUGCAAGGUCCAAGACCACAGGACCGGACAAGAGGACUCACGGUGAAGGUCUUCGUGGAAAGGCACAUCUCGCUCACAGGGCAUGA